UGAAGUUUAAGGAGCAAAAUGGCCUCUUGCCCUGUCGUCCUGCGAGCAAGGGGACUCAGCCGAUGGGCGCGGUGUCAGGCGGGCCCUUCCUUGCUGAGACCGGCUGGCCAGGCCUCUUGGGUUCCAGCCCGGAUGGAGACUACUGUGACCUUAGAGCCGGCGGGCCGCAGCCUGUGGGACGAGCCGGUGCGCAUCCGGGCGUGGGGCCUGUCCCCGGGGCAGCGGGUGACCCUGCGCGCGUCCCUGCGCGACGAGAAGGACGCGCUGUUCCGGGCCCACGCGCGCUACUGCGCCGAUGCCGGCGGCCGGCUGGACCUGGCGCGCUCGCCCGCGCUGGGCGGCAGCUUCGCGGGGCUCGAGCCCAUGGGGCUGCUCUGGGCGCUGGAGCCCGAAAAGCCCAUGCUGCGGCUGGUGAAGAGGGACGUGCAGAAGCCCUUUGUGGUGGAGCUGGAGGUGCUGGAUGGCCACGAUCCCGAGCCAGGGCACCCCCUGGGCCGGGCGGUGCAUGAGCGCCACUUUCUGGGACCCGGGGUGCGGCGGGAGCCCGUGCGCGCUGGCCGGGUGCGUGGUACGCUUUUCUUGCCUCCAGGACCUGGUCCCUUUCCUGGAAUUGUGGACAUUUUUGGAGCUGGAGGUGGUCUUCUGGAGUAUCGAGCUAGUCUGCUGGCUGGGAAAGGUUUUGCUGUGUUGGCGUUGGCUUAUUACCACUAUGAAGACCUCCCCAAGGGCAUGGAUUCCCUCCACCUGGAGUACUUUGAAGAAGCUGUGGACUACCUGCUCAAAUAUCCUCAGGUUAAAGGUCCCGGAGUUGGUUUGCUUGGGAUUUCCAAAGGAGGUGAUCUCUGCCUUUCCAUGGCCUCUUUCCUUAAGAACAUCACUGCCACUGCCAUAAUCAACGGCUCUUUGGUCAAUGUAGGUGGAGCCUUACAUUAUAAGGGAAUGACCUUGCCCCCUGCACCUGUAAACCCCAGUCGAUUCAAGGUUACUAAAGAUGGCUUUGUAGACAUUGUGGAUGUUCUGAACUGCCCUCUAAAAGAAGAGGACCAGAAAAGCAUCAUUCCUGUGGAAAGGACUGAGAGUGCCCUCCUGUUCCUUGUGGGGCAGGAUGACCACAACUGGAAGAGUGAAUUCUAUGCUAGAGAGAUCUCUAAGCGCUUAGAGGCCUGUGGUAAGAAGCUCGAGGUCAUCUGCUACCCGGAUACAGGCCACUAUAUUGAGCCUCCUUACUUCCCCAUGUGUCGUGCAUCCCUGCACAGCCUUGUGGGCAAACCUGUCAUCUGGGGAGGGGAAGCCAAGGCUCAUGCCAAAGCCCAGGAGGAUGCCUGGAAGCAGAUCCAGACUUUCUUCCGCAAAUACUUGGGUGGUACAUAAUCUGGGAACUGUCCUGGGAAAAUAAUCUAUUAUUUAAGUUUUGAGUGCAGAAACUAACACAUUAUGGAUGUUUCACAUUCUUUAAUGUUGAUAUAUAUUAAAGUAAUAUUACU